UACCCGUAGCAUUGCAGUCCAUCCACAUCUGCAGUCUGGAAAAGUUAUCGGCAAUAUUAGCACAGUUGUACCCUAGGGAAAUUAGAGUCACGGGACGUGUUUGCUCAGCACCAUGUCUGACAAGAGUGAGCUGAAGGCCGAGCUAGAGAGGAAGAAGCAGCGGCUGGCCCAGAUCCGCGAGGAGAAGAAGAGGAAAGAGGAGGAGCGCAAGAAGAAAGAGGCAGAGCAGCAGCAGAAGGAGGCAGCAGCCCCAGCGCGUGAUGACUCUGACCUGGAUCGGAAGCGUCGUGAGGCUGAGGCCCUUCUGCAGAGUAUGGGCAUCACACCUGAUGUGCCCCAUGUGCCUCCGCCCAUGUCCCCCACCGCCAAGUCCACGGGCACGCCGAGCGAGGCCGGCAGCCAAGACUCAGGCGACGGCGCCGUGGGACCCAGUCACCUUGGUAUGUUCAUCCCUUCUCUUCACAUCCCUUCUCUACUGCCCUCUGCUCCUCCUCCUCCUCCUGCUCCAAAGAAGGAACCACACCCCCGGCGUGGACCUGUGAGGCUGGGCAUGGCCAAGGUCACCCACGUGGACUUCCCGCCGCGGGAGGUGGUGUCCUACACCAAGGAGACCCAGACCCCCGUCAUGACGGAGCAGAAAGAAGAGGAAGAGGAGGAGGAGGAGAUGGUGGUGGCGGAGCCUACCCAGGAGGCCGAGAAGGAGAAGCCCGACCAGAAGAGCGAGGAGGAGGAAGCCGCACCACACGAGCUGACUGAGGAGGAGAAGCUGCAGAUUCUGCACACGGAGGAGUUCAUGACCUUCUUCGACCACAGCACGCGCAUCGUGGAGCGCGCCCUCUCCGAGCACAUCGACGUCUUCUUUGACUACAGCGGCCGCGACGGGGAGGAGAAGGAAGGGGAGAUCCAGGCUGGAGCCAAGCUGGUUCUGAACAGGCAGUUUGCAGAUGAGCACUGGUCCAAACAUCGCGUGGUCACCUGUCUCGACUGGUCCCCACAGUAUCCUGAGCUGCUGGUUGCCUCAUACAACAACAACGAGUACGCGCCCCACGAGCCCGACGGGGUGGCCCUGGUCUGGAACAUGAAGUACAAGAAGCCCACGCCAGAGUACGUCUUCCACUGCCAGUCGGCGGUAAUGUCUGCCACCUUCGCCAAGUUCCACCCCAACCUGGUGAUCGGGGGCAUGUACUCGGGCCAGAUCGUGCUGUGGGAUAACCGCAGCAACAAGAGGACGCCCGUGCAGAGAACACCGCUGUCGGCCGCCGCACACACGCAUCCAGUCUACUGUGUAAAUGUGGUGGGCACCCAGAACUCCCAUAACCUCAUCAGUAUCUCCACUGACGGCAAGCUGUGCUCCUGGAGCUUGGAUAUGCUGUCCCAGCCACAGGACAGCCUGGAGCUGGUGUAUAAGCAGUCCAAGACGGCGGCGGUCACCUCCAUGUCCUUCCCCCUGGGGGACGUCAACAACUUCGUGGUGGGCAGUGAGGACGGCUCCGUAUACAUGGCCUGCCGACACGGAAACAAGGCGGGCAUCAGUGAGAUCUUCGAGGGCCACCAGGGCCCCAUCACCGGUAUCCACUGCAACACGUCUGGAGGCCCCGUGGACUUCUCCCACCUCUUCGUCACUUCCUCCUUCGACUGGACCGUCAAGCUCUGGAGCACCAAGAACAACAAGCCUCUGUACUCGUUUGAGGACAACUCUGACUACGUGUACGACGUCAUGUGGUCCCCCACGCACCCCGCCCUGUUCGCCUGCGUGGACGGAGUGGGCCAUCUCGACCUGUGGAACCUCAACAACGACACCGAGGUGCCCACAGCCAGCAUCGUCGUGGAAGGUAACCCGGCGCUGAACCGAGUGAGAUGGGCCCAGUCCGGCCGCGAGAUCGCCGUGGGAGACUCGGACGGCAGGGUCCUCGUUUACGAAGUGGGAGAACAAAUCGCCGUGCCGCGUAACGAUGAGUGGAGUCGCUUUGUGCGCACGCUGGCGGAGAUCAAUGAGGAGCGGGAGGACGCCGAGGAGCUGGCCGCCCAGCGCCUGGCUGCUUGAUCACCAUGGCAACGUAGCUACGGUUGCUCAUUUCCAACCAGAGAAAGAACAAAACAAAAAAUAUAUAUACAGAAGGACCAGUCGCAGGUUUCCUCUCUCUCUCUCUCUCUCUCUCUCUGGAGCACCCAGCCCCCCCACUUCCCCACGUCCAACCAAACCCCCUUCUCUCUCUCUCUCUCUCUCUCUCUCUCUCUCUCUCUCUCUCUCUCUCUCUCUCUCUCUCUCUCUCUCUCUUUCUCUCUCCCUCUCUCUGUUAUGCUGUUUGUAAUUCUGAACAACAAGAGAAAAAAAAGUCUGGCAUGUCGGCAGUUCAGCUCUAAAACACAGUGGCAUUUUCCUUUUGGCAGCAGCUUUGAGUACGAUUUGGGUGAUUUUUUUUCUCUCCCCCUUCAAGUCAAGACAAAGAACAGGACUUUUUGUGUUGGAAAGUAAUUUCUUUGGUCUCUGAAUGGAACAAGCAUUUCUUAGACGAGGGCUAUUCUCCACAGACAAUGACACAAACGCACAUGCACACAUACACACACACACACGCAGGUACAUACACUGUAAUGCUGCAAUGCAAAUGGUCGUAUUAAACUGGAACUCCAUAGCCAACAAGCCUUAAGUAGAUGCUAUCGCCCCCGAGACCAUACUCACUCAAGUGCUGUGUCUCUGAUGCUGCACUUGUGCCCUUCGGGCACUAUGUUCCAGUGCGUAAAUAAAUGAAUACCCCAUCACACUGAAACAUGAACACUUAAUUGCUCAAGUGCACCAUUUAAGAUCCAGCACAGGUGUUGUUGCCAUAUCCGCCUCAAAGCACUUCAUUUUAGUUCUAGCAGCACUGAGAACUUUGUGGGUUCUCCUGUGAAGUACCCGCUAAGGAACCUCAUCAUCACCACAAGGACUUCCCAUCCCGACACCCUUUCUACAGUUAAAAGCAUCUAUUUAUCAUGUUCUGUAUUUAGACGGAUGUCAUCCUGUGUCUGUAUUAUGUGAGGACAGUGUUGAGCCACAUGGCUUUCACUCCUAUUUUGGAAUCAAUGGUCUGUUUGUAAACUGUAAAUAGGGGUUAUAGCUUUUUUUUCCUUGGACUUCUUUGAAUGUCUUUGUAGAUCACCUUGGAAUCCUUCAUUCCGAAGUCAAAUGCAAUUCAACUCUUUCAUGCUUUACUGUACAAAGGAAAAUCAUCUUUGAUAUCAGGGCAUCCUACCUACACAACAAUCUCAUGCUGUAUCAGUGGAAGGCUCUGGAAGCACUUUUUUUUUGGAAAUAUCUGUGAAAAAAUGUAAACGUGCAUUCACUUGAGCAAAAGCCACACAAAGAAUGUUGACAAUGUAAUGUUUUGCUUCUUAGAAAUGAUAAAUAAAAAAACACAAUUCCGAAAAUUAAACCAGUAUGAUUUUAAUUUAAUAAAAUACAAUACAAUAAUGA